AUCAUCUUUUCAUCGUCGUGUGCUAGCAGCAGCACACCAUGGAAGUCAAAGCACAGUCAAUUGAACAAACCAAUUUUUGGAGGAGUUUGCUCGAAGGGAGUUGUCUAAAGAAUCGAAUUGUCCCAGAUAAGCACAUUCUGAUACUGGGAGAAGCUAAUAGCGGGAAAUCAUCCAUGUUGGCACGCCUACAAAAACAGAUCGAUUCUGAAAAUUCAAGUACACUUCCACUUGAAUACGCCUAUUUUGAACUUAGUUCAAGCAGCGUAGGAGAUGACAAAGUUGUUUCUAGAAUACAUGUUUGGCAAUUAGAAACUGAAACUCUGCAGGAGCAGAAGGAUCUCUUAGAACUUGUCCUCCAUCGUGAAAACUUCAAAGAUACAAUGGUGCUUGCUGUCUUGAACUUCUCUCAUCCGUGGACAUUGGCAUGUCAGGCAAAACUGAUUCUAGAUACGUUAGAGAACCACAUACACAAUCUAGAGUUAGACUCUCAAGAGUGGGAAAGAUGCAAAAAGCGUCAAUUAAACCAUUGGAAUAGCUAUAUAAAUUUUAUUGGUAAGGAAAUGGAUUCGAAAGCUGAUACCCUGGGUUGUAGUUAUUUAAGGGAGAAAAGCGAGCUCCACGCUCAUCAGGCGGCAGUAGAACUAGAAAAUAAUUUGGGAAUUCCUAUCAUCAUAGCCGUUUGCAAGGCUGACUAUAUCGAAAAAUUGGAAACUAAUUUUGGACUGACCGAGGCACAUUUCGAGUUCAUUCGAUGGUACUUGGGAAGGUUCAGUUCAUUAUAUGGUGCGACAUUGAUUUAUGUAUCAAAGUUCGAAACGGACUACGACCAGCUGCUGGAAUACAUGCAACAUGUGCUUUAUGGCUCGGAGUUUAAGCCCAAGUUGAACGUAUCACCGGAAAAGACUGGCUUGUUUGUGCAUCUCACAGACUGUGGUUCAUUUUCCAAAAUUCAAGCCGAGUUUGCUCGCCAGGGGUUGAAUGUGGACGUGUUUACGCCAUACGAAGACAUCAUACAAAACCCCAUAAGAAAGUCAUCUGUGGAUCGGGAUCCACAUAAGGACGUCGAGUCAAAGCUCGAGGCAGAAGAAGACCAAGCUUUUUUGGCGAAAAUAGCUCGAUACAACGACGAACAGACCGAGUCAUCGUCGAAAACUGUUACACAAGGACGGAUUGCAGAGUUCAAAAAGAUGAUCGAAAGUAUGGCCAGGUCGCCAAAGGUGCAGGAGGGCGUGGCUGUGCACAAACAAGGUGCCGCGAAAAAUAGACUGAGCAGCCCGGGCCUUGAAAAAAUGCCAGCUGAGAAGGUGGCAAGUCCCGACAAGCAGUUGUCGAUGCUUUUUCAAACAUUGCUUACUUCUAAACGUGACACACAAAUAGAGAAAGAAAAUGCUAUUGAAUAGAGAGUGGGCUGCUUGAUCGUAGGAGGAAAAUAUAAACGUAUAAUUCUUCCGAAUCCGGAUGCACAACGAUGUGCAUGGCGGAGGCAGAGGAGGAAAGCCCAUGAAGUUUGUGGAUGUGCCUGAAAUCGAUUUUUUUUUAAUUUUUGGGUCAGACGGCAGAACGAAGUGGAACAAAACAGCUCUGAUUAAAUAUGCCAGUUUUUUUUUGCCGGCAUUUUAGACUGAUAGCAUACAGGGAACAGUGAUUAAAAUGGUAUGGUGAUAGGGGGUAGAGUACGGCGUCAUAGGGGCGCAAGAGAUGCUAACAUAGGAAAGUGGUUAAGGCUGGUUUGAAAACACACAAGGAACAUGACGUUACGAAGGUGGAGCGAAUAGGUACGUGUGCAUGCAUAAGAAAAAAAGGGAGGAGAUGACUUUUGAGAGAGUGAAAACACGUAUGGCGAAUGAAAUGUUGAGGAAAGGAUGCAAGAAGGGAGAACUGUGGGCACAUGCAGACAUGCGCGUGGUGGUAUAAAAGGGGUCUAUCAAGUGGUCGGAGAGAGUCUACUGAUGGAAUGCGGUUCGAUCUAGACAUUUUGGUCAAGUGAGACAAACGUUUUAGACUCAAGAUAUUAGCGUGACGCUUCAUAUGAAAAGGCGCCUUCUGAAAAAUGACUAAUACGGUUUUUGUGAUGAACGACGAAAUUUGUAGGUGCUCAGUCGCAUAUUUGCGGUUUAGGCUUGAACGCGGAUUUAUCGGCCAAGCUUAUUUCCGAAGGGAUGGUUGGUCAGCAACGAGCCAGGACAGCAUUGGGCAUCAUUCGCGAAAUGGUUCAUCAGGGGCGGAUUGCGGGGAGAGCGAUUUUGUUGGCUGGCCAUCCAGGAACUGGAAAGACAGCGAUCGCGAUGGGAUUGGCUCAGUCUUUGGGAGAGGACGUACCAUUUACAUUCAUUGCGUCGACUGAGAUUUUUUCUUUAGAGAUGAGCAAGACCGAGGCGCUGACACAGGCACUCCGUCGUUCUAUUGGAGUGAGGAUCAAAGAGGAGACAGAAAUAAUUGAAGGAGAGGUAGUUGAGCUUCAAAUAGACCGUCCCGCUUCUGGUUUUGGACAGCGCGUGGGGAAGAUGAUCAUCAAGACCACAGACAUGGAGACGAGCUAUGAUCUUGGACAGAAGAUGAUCGAUGCACUUGUGAAAGACAAAAUUCAAAGUGGAGAUGUGAUAAGUCUAGAUAAGGCAACUGGGAAAAUUACUCGGUUGGGACGAUCCUACAGUCGUAUCAACGACUUUGAGGUGAUGCCGCCGAAUAUCAAGUUUGUUUCUUGUCCACAAGGCGAAGUUCAACGUCGAAAGGAAGUCGUUCAUACCGUGAACUUACAUGAAAUAGACGUGAUCAACUCGCGUGCGCAAGGAUUCUUAGCACUGUUCACCGGAGACGUCGGAGAAAUCAAACCCGAAAUUCGCGAGCAAAUCAACACUAAAAUUUCAGAAUGGAGAGAAGAAGAGAAAGCACAAAUUAUUCCAGGUGUCCUGUUCAUAGAAGAAGUCCAUAUGUUAGAUAUAGAGUGCUUCAGCUUCUUGAAUCGGGCUCUAGAACACGAUUUAGCGCCUAUCGUCAUCAUGGCGUCUAACUGCAGUAUGUCUACUGUACGCGGGACCGACUAUCUCAGUCCACAUGGCAUUCCCGUCGACUUACUCGACCGAUUGCUGAUCGUCCAUACAUUACCGUACACGAGCACCGAAAUCAAACACAUUUUAGAAAUUCGCUGCUCUGAAGAAGAUGUUAUGCUUGAAGAACCUGCACUCGACUUGCUCACUAAAAUAGGCGUCGAAACCUCUCUGCGAUACGCCAUCCAUUUGAUCACCACCUCUUCUCUGAUCGCUGCCAAAAAGAAAUCCACCAAGGUGUCUAUGCUAGAUGUCAAGAGAGCAUAUGAGCUCUUCCUAGAUGUAGAGCGUUCAUCUGUACUGGUGAAGGAUUCCCAACAGCAAUUGUUCAUCCAAGGGGGCAUAGAAUCUUCUCCCAAUAUGCAGUCUCAGACAGAUGUCCAAAUGAAAGAGUAAUGUACAUCUGUCAUAAUGUGAUUAUAUAAAUAGGCCAAUAAUUUAUUUAUGCAA